AUGAGGAGCCUGGCUGUGCUGUUGGUGGUGGUGGCGGCGGUCGGUGCCAACAGUUUCUUAGAUCUCCUCAGCGAGGAGUGGAACGUCUUCAAGCUCGAACACAAGAAAACGUACGAAAACGAGGCCGAGGAACGGUUCCGUAUGAAGAUCUACGCUCAGAACAAGCUCAUAAUGGAGGAGCACAACCGGCGCUUCAAAAGCGGCCAGGUGACGUACCGCGUCGGAGUCAACAAGUACGCGGACAUGCUGCACCACGAGUUCGUGCACACCAUGCACGGGUUCAACAGCAGCGCCAAACUCAACGAGGGACAAAUCUCGCACGGCGCCACGUUCCUGUCACCUGCCAACUUGGCAGUACCGAGUAUGACGGACUGGCGCUCGAAGGGCGCCGUCACCGAAGUUAAGGAGCAAGGAGUGUGCAACUCUGGUUGGGCCUUCAGUACCACGGGCUCGCUGGAGUCACACCACUUCAUCAAUACCGGCUUCCUAGUGCCGCUGUCAGAACAGAACCUGAUUGAUUGCUCGGCCGCGUACGGGAACAACGGCUGCAAAGGUGGCUUUGUGGCCAACUCCUUUACGUACAUCCGCGACAAUGAAGGCAUCAAUACGGAGGCGAGCUACCCUUACAAGGCCAUCACCGACUCGUGCAUGUACGACUCCGAUUACGUGGGCGCGAAAGUCGUGAGCUUCGUGGACCUGCCGAAGGGCGAUGAGGACACGCUGAAGAACGCCGUUGCUACCGUGGGGCCCGUCUCCGUUGUCAUCGACGCCAACCAGGCGGCCUUUCAGUUCUACACCACCGGAGUUUACUACGAUGAUGAAUGCGAUUCCAAUAACCUCAAUCAUGCGAUGCUGGUAGUGGGUUAUGGCACAGAUAAAGAGGGCGGCGACUACUGGCUCGUGAAGAACUCGUGGGGGCGCUCGUGGGGCAGGCUCGGCUACAUCAAAAUGGCGCGCAACCGCAACAAUAAUUGCGGCAUCGCCUCGGCCGCCUUAUACCCGCUCGUCGUCUAA